AUGGUUGAUUUAUACGGCCGAUUGAGCCGUUUGGAUGAAUCAUUACGCUUCAUCCAGAGUAUGUCAUGUGCACCGAUUGCUGAAGCAUGGGGUGCACUGCUAAAUCCUAACAGGAUUUAUAAAAAUGUGGAAAUGGCUAAACUUGCGUCUAGAAAGAUGGAGGAAUCAGAGGCUAACAAUGAAGGAGAGAAAAAAAAACUCACCUACAACAGGAGGUCGGCAUCGUUGCCGGAGACGGUGAAGCUUCUGAUGGCAUUGUCAAUUGCGGAGAUAGCAGAUGAUUGCAAUCGAAGAGAUAUCAAGCAGUAUAGUGGCGAGGGCAGCAGACAUGUACCAUUUCAACGACCAGAGCCCGAUAUAAGCGAGGCUCAAACCAGCCAGCCAAAGGAAAUAUGGUUUGGCUUGGCUCAAAACCUGCUACUGUAG